AUGGACUUCCUUCAGGCUUUCGCCGCUCGACGGAUGUUGUAUUUGGGAAAGGUAAGUUGGUAGCUGUUGGCUGAUUCAUCAAUAGAAUCUGUUCCAUUCUUGGACGUUGCGGGCUUGACAUAACCGGGCCCCUUUUCUGCUUUCUAUUGAGGUAGACGGAAUGCACAGGGUGAUGGUUAAGCUCCUAACAGGAUGUACUAGGUUCCCAGGAUAGUUGGAUUUAUACCGUUCCAAUUGGGGGGAGCGCCGGGUUCCGACAUGUGUCCUGUUUUCCUUCGGUGAGGGCUAUUCCGCCCCUGGGUUAUUCGGGGGUUUUGUCAUCUCUGGGUGGAACGACAUGGGUUCGGUGACAGUUUAAGUCUAGACAUGUUACGCAUUCUGUUUCUUCCCAGAGGUUCUCAUGGGCUGGGCUGAGGCUAUCGCCCGUUCCUGUUGGCAGUGCGCGCAGCAAUGUGAGUGCCGUCGAAAACAGUGCACUGCCGUCGAAAAUCAGGAGAGAUGGGUUUCUAGGUUUGUCUUGGGGUAUUCCAGUUCGCCUUAGGGUUUGGCCGGAUGUGGCCUAGUUAUCUUGAGGGGAUGGGUGCGCUUGCUGGAGGUUGGACUGGGCCUAUGUUCAUCUAGCGCUGCAUGAAGUGGUGGAACAGGCCAUGGCUGGUUGUGGUGGGGUCCCCCGCUGAUUUUAGGUGUAAAACAGUGGGGUUGUGGCGGGGGUAUGUCCUUGCCAAUUGAGUUUGAGGGGUUACGUUUAAGUAUAUGGAAUGAGAUGAACACGUAUUAAGGUCUCAACCUCCCCUGCUUCAAACGGUUAACAUUAGGUUCCCUGAGGUGUCGUGCCCAUCGAGCGUGGAUAAGGUCGGCUGAUGGCGGGCAUUGGAAAGAUAUGAUUUUUAUGACGAGGGGGGAGGUGAGAGGAAGUGGUGAUUAGGAACCACUGUAUGUUUGUUGGCAAGGAAGGUUGGGUCACUGUAUAACACUAUGUGUGGAGUCAUAUGUAUAUAUGUUAAUUUAUGCCUAUUUAUGUCUAACGUUUUUGGUUACAGAAAAGAAGAGAUUUAAUAAAUAAAGUUAUGGAUGUGUUAUGCAGUAAUUUAGUUUGUGAUAAUAAAUGCUGUGGCCUGUUUCAUCCGUACUAAGUGGUCUGUCGUUAUUGGGGGGGUUGAAUGGGGUUAGUUUAUGUUCUAGGCUGCAUCACGAUUCAUGUCCAUGCAGCACUAGUCACACCUCCCCUGGCUGUGACUCACAGACCAUGCAUGAAAAUAAAUGGUUUCAUAUUAAAUUAGAUGUAACUUACUUUAAAAUUUCUUAUUGCCUGCUCUCUAAAGUGAACUUUAAUCAUACACAGAAUGCUUCUGUGGGGUCUAGCACGCUAUCAACAGCGCAGGGGAUAAUACAUUUUAAAUUAAAAAGAAUUUGCAAUAAAGGAAGUGUAGACAUUAGCUGACUCUUUACAGGAAGUGUUUAGGAAGGCUGUGCAAGUCACAUGCAGGGGAUGUGACUAGGGUUCAUAAAUAAAGGGAUUUAACUCCUAAAUGGCAAAUAAUUGAGCAGUGACACUGCAGGGAAAUGAUCUGUACACCAAAACUGCUUCAAUGAGCUAAAGUUGUUUUGGCGACAAUAUUGUCACUUUAAAUUCACUUAGAAUUCCCAGUAGGUCUUACUCUAGUGAAUAUUCCUGACUGUUUAGUGAAUGAACAUUUAUAAUCUUGACAUUGCAUUCAACACGUGAUUUCAUUAGGAUAUAAAUCUGUUAUUAUCAAAGCAAUCACAUACUUCCCAACAGAGCCGUUUCAGCCCCUUCAGGUGACGCCAUUGAUGACAUUCAUGUCACUGGCUCGCCUCCUUUUACCCUGCCUCCAGCGUCCCGUGAAUCGAUGUUGAGGUCUAUGUAAUCAGCUCUGCUGGCCUCACAUCCUGGCACGCUGCCUGCGAGAGCGAGAGGUGUUUUAGCUAAACACUAACUCUAUUAUUCACUAAAAUGUAAACUUGCAGGAUAUCAAAGUGAUUGUUAAGUGAUUUGCAAAUUUAAACCAAAAUAAUGAAAACCUGGAUUUAGAGAAUCAUUCUAAUUCAGCUAUUUCAGUCUAAUAUUUGAAAUUAUCUGUGAAUUUCUGACAUUUUACACUUUGGUGAAUAAGUAUUACUGUUUCCUGGGGCUUCCUGUGAACAUUACAUGCAUUGCAUUCUCUGAGCUGCCUGGCAGAUGGAAUGUUUAACCGUUCAGCUUUCAGAAUGUACAAAACAUCCUGAGGUUAACAGCUUUCACUGCCGGUAGGGGAAAUAAUGCUUGCAAGCCCCCAGGCCUCAGCGGAGGAUUUCAAACCACUCUUUGUAGUGAGUUUUACUUGCUGGGACUGGAAAAUACUACAUUGUAAGCUAACCAGUGUCACAGGGACCGGGCUGCCAGUUCAACAAAAACCCUGACUUUAAAUAGCGGCUGUAAUUAAAGCGAUAUUAUAAUGGAGCCGUUUAUACACUGGGCCACUAUCGGUUGAUAAUGGUUUAUGUCAAUGAAGUAUUCUUACAGGCCUUAGUAGGUAUGAAUGUUAUAUUCCACACUGUAAUUUCAUGUCCAUACAGUGUGGUGUGACAGCGAUCUAUUCUUUAACAAUUGUGGACUAUAACUCCUAUCAGUUGCAGCCAAAACUGGGUUGAGGAUAAUAGGGGUUAGAGUCCACCCACAGCAUAUUGAAAGCAGAUGCCCCUUAAACCUAAAUCUCCCUAAAAUAACUCUAAGCCCAUCUUACAGGCAGACACCCUCUAACCCUAACCAUAACAAUGACAUUUCAAAUGGAUUGCUGUGUGGGGAACUGUAAUAAUGAUUCACGCUUAUUAAGGCAAUUUCUACGUUGUUUUAGAGCUCUGUCUGUCUGUUUGUGUGGUCUGUCUGUCUGUCUAUUUAUCAAUCUAUCUAUAUACCUAUGUAUCUAUCUGUCUGUGUAUAUAUCUGUUUGAUUAUUAUUAUUAUGUUAUUAUUUAUAGCGCCAACAAAUUCCGCAGUGCUUUACAGAGGGUAUAUCACUGUCUGUCUAUCACUGUCUGUCUAUCUAUCUCUAUCUGUUUGUCUGUGUUCUCUGUCUGUCUAUAUCUGUCUGUCUAUCUACACAGGCACACACUAUUUUUAAAUGUAUGCACAUAUAAUAAUAAUUAAUACACUCUAUGUAUAUUUCAGAGACCUGUUGGCGUUGGAUUUUACUGCUUCCCAUUAUCAGGUAGAUGGGACGUUGGUUACAGAAGAAAUGGACCACCUGGUAUGUCAUGAAUACAUUGUUCAUGUAUUGAACUACAUCACUAAUCUUCACUAAUUCUUCUGGACCUUCUCAACCUCCAUGACCUUGGCCUCCGACAAAGUGGUUUCUGGAUACCUUCCCUAUUAGCUUGGAUUCCACCUUUACACUGAUUACACUCUGAUAUAGUUAUAUAUCUUUUGUGAAUAUCAUUUUUUGUGUCAUCCUAGACAUUAUUAAGUUAGGUUGCCAAUCCAGAGUCAGUUGCUAGGUUGUUGUUAUUUUGUCCUUUAUUUUACACUUUAUUCAGAGAUGUUUUACUAUAUUGGCAUUAUUACUGUUUGUUCGUCUGAUUUUCGGUUGAUUAAUUGGCAAGUUGUUUGAAUUUCCAAAUAUGACUGGAUUAUGAAACAAACAAAGAGGAAUGAAUGAGCCAUUUCAUUUGUUUCGUGGUUUGGAGUUCCAUCUAAAAAAAGACAACGAAUUAGGGGACAGCUCCUAAAUGUUGAUUUUACUCACAGAUCAAAUGAGUUAUUUUGCAGUUCACUGUGUAUUUUCUCGACAUAUGAUUCACAGAUCAUGUGACCAGAAAUAACCAAUAGAGGGCAAAAUGUGGAGCAGUUAAAAAAAUAUAUAUAUUUCUACAUUAUAUAUUUAGUAAUCAGAGAUUUUUAUUUUUACUGCUUGUUGUUUCUUCCUCUAUUGGUUACUUUUUUUCACUUCAUCUGUCAAUCAAAUCUUGAUAAAAUGCGCCUAUCCGUGUAGUGCUAAAUAUAUACAUAAUAUUUAUAUUACUUCUAUAUAUUGCAGUAAAUCCAUUGACCCAUUCGCUCCAUUUUGGUUCGUCAAAUGGUUUCUCCUAAAACGAUUACAUGGCCAAAAUUUGCCCAAACCGAAAUGCCACGUGGACGAAUCCUUAAACAACCAAAAUAUUUAAUUUUAUUUUUUGGAUGAAUCGAUGUGUACAGACAUUUUGUGUUUUUCAUUAUUUUCAUAUUUCCACAUGUGAAAUUGUUAUCUUGACUGAAUCACUGGUAUUGUGACCUAACAUAGUUGCAAUGAGGGAUAAGGACCCGUGCCAUUGGAAAGUAGAGCGGGACCAAGAACAUGCUAUGGUUUAUUCACUAACCUUGUAGAUGUCUUACCGGUGAAAUGUACAAUUUUAAAACUUGAAUUUUCUUCCAAGUCAGUUCUUUAAUCCUGAAUUUUACAAAAUGAUUCUGAAGCCUCCACGAUGCAAUGUUUAGUGAAUUUACUUAUGUGUCCAUGUUUUUAAAAAGUGUGUAUUUAUGUCUACUGUGCUUGUAAUUCCGUAAAAUGUAAUAAACCUGCCAUUCACUUCUCCACAUCAGCCACGGUUUGUCAGAACAUGGUGAUUGCUGUGUGUUCUUAACCAGGGGCAGAUACGUGACAGCUGGAAAAAUAUACAAUGUAAGAGAUGAAGAGAACUGAUACUAGGCCUCCCAUUAUCCUACACUCUAGGAAUUGUCUCAGAUCUGUCAUGAGAGGAAUUUAACAAUUCCAUUAUAUUGAGAGUCUGAUAAACUGUCCUCUGUAUGUAAUGGAAAUCUUAUAAACAAUGGGGCCACUUCUAUACUACUCAGCUGCCAGCAGAACAUGUACGAUGGGUGGACUUCUCCCCUCAUCACCUGUGAUCCUGAUGUUCUAAAUGACAAAUUAAAUGAUCUCACAUGGUACAUGACUUCAAUCUAACAGGGCAAUUUCUUCCUUCUCAGAUUCACAGUUGAGUCCCUCUUAUGGUCAGCAGAUAGUAAAUUCAAGUUAUUCUGAGUAUAGCACAUGCCUACGUGUCUAGUAAUUUUAUAGGUUGUGCACAGCUACGUUCUCUUUAGCUAAAGCUGGUGUUACCUGUAAUGAGGCCAUGUGAGGUCCUGGGACUGCUUACCUUUGUGCUUUAUUGGAUACCUGCUUUAUAUCUUUUCAGUAUAAAAUACAUUUAUGUGAAUAACAUUUACAGUAGAUUAGAACUGUAUAAUAAUAGAAGAAUCCUAAACAUUCUUGCUAAACAUUAAUCCAUCCUUGGUCUGUGGACCUCUUGGAAACUCAUUAGAGUUCAGCGGAAAAAAACUAAACAUGAAAACGAUCUCAGUUAGAGGGGGCUCUGCUUGAGGUGGAGAACAGGUGCUGCGACUGAGGAAUUUAGCCCAUUACUACUUUUAUUUGUUUACGUAAUAUAUCACGCCACAGGGGACAUACAGCACCUUUAGGCACCAUCCUCACCGCAGCUGUGUUUCUUCUUCAUCUCGCCAUAUUGCAGUCAAUAUUGGACAUGUAGCAAGUGUUUUCCUUGUGUACAACCGAGGUGGCCUGUCGCUGUCCGAUUACUGACCGUGUAUCUUUGGAUGAACACUGCCUGCUGCUGGCCUGAAAUGCCCAGGUGGCGGCGCUAUCCACAGCAUCUGGCACUAAACAGCAAUGACUACUUGUGUAGUAGAAUAUAUCUUUGCAAGGCUUGGACCCAUGGAUUUAUAAGAGUUAUUCAGGACCAAUCAACUGCUUAUCAGAAAAUGUACCACAUAAGUCAUAUAUCGGCUAGCUCAUAGAAAAAGUUGCAACUUUUCGACUAGUUUUUGCAUACGUUGUGCUUUUAAAUACAUUAUUUAAUUUUAACUCUUGAAAACGACUCUCUAUUUUUCACAAACAAAUCUCUCUUCCCUUAUGGCCAAUAGCUAAAGCCCUAAAGGAUAUAUCUUGGCUUUCUAAGGAAAUUUAUAUGUUAUGUUGUAUAUAUUAUUCCCUGUGUCCUUUGCAUACCACACAAGCUAUGACAGGUAGCUGCUCGAGUCUCUGGCCAUCACUAUUAUAAACUCUGCUUCCUAUAACUAGCUUAGGGUAUCGUGUAUGUGAGCAUUCUGGUCAAACACAGACAUUCUUUUUACAUUCUGUUACAUUGUCAGUAAACUGUACUGCUGGUAAUGCCUUUAGGAAGCAUGGUAUUUGACCAUUUUUAUGUAUCUAUUUUUCUCACAUCUACUACUGUAUUUUGGUUAAAUUGUUUUCUGACACUUCACUAACAUUUCAAAGCCUGUGUAACAUUUUUACAAGAUAAAGGACGCUGUUUACUAUGUAAUGUUUUAAUGUCCCAAAAAUGGCUAUAAAGCAUGAAUGAAUGUAUAAAAAAAUUGUGUAAAUGUAUAUAUUUUAUAUUUUUUAAAGCUUACCUGAAAAGCAAUCAGCACACAAGAGUGUUGUUUUAUUAUAUGGUUACGUGGUAGCUAAGCAUCCCUUGUUUCAAAUAUUGCUACUAUUUUUUCAAACAAUAAGUGUUUGGUAGGGAAGGGGCUAAGACAGGAUAAUAACAUGACAUUCCUUUCAUCUACAGGCCCACUGCUGCUAUACAGGGAAGGUGGAAGGACUCCCAGAAUCCUUUGCUUCAGUUUGCACUUGUCAUGGCCUCAGGUAAACUUAUUAAGUGUCAAAAUAAAACUGUAUUUUCUGUGAUUUAUGAGAAGAGCAUCAGCAUUCUACUGAUAUAAUUAUUAUUUGAGUUUAUCCUGCAGUGAGCUUGCUCAUUUGAGCUGACUGGCCACCGUAUAUUUUAAUUGUAGAAAUCUACACCUCUUUAUCGUCUAACUGGGCGCCUCCAUCUUAGCUCCUGUCAGUCAUUGUUAUUAGCUCUGAACAUUGCACCUGGCAGUCAGCACAGAGACAGCAGACAGAGAAGAGGAGAAAUGAAACAAUGUUUCUAAAUCUCAAACUCAUUUGCAAAGUGUGCCCUGGCUGUGCCUGUACCGUGAUGUCAUUUCCUAAACCAUCAACUUAAAUUUAAAAGAACAUGGAGCAUCCUGUGCAAAAAAAAGUUUAACAAAAAAAGUUAUAUGUUUUAGUCAUAAGUGAUUUUAAUAUUUUAUUCAAUUACAUAAUUUACAGAGAAGUUUUGGUUUCCUUUUAACCCCUUAGUGACCAGACCAUUUUUCCAUUUUCUUACCGUUAAGGACCAGGCCUGUUUUUACAUUUCUGCGGUGUUUGUGUUUAGCUGUAAUUUUCCUCUUACUCAUUUACUGUACCCACACAUAUUAUAUACCAUUUUUCUCACCAUUAAAUGGUCUUUAUUAGGAUACCUUUAUUGUCAUCAUAUCCUAUAAUUUACUAUUAAAAAAAUUAUGAAAUAUGAUGAAAUUUUUUUUUAAAAACACACUUUUUCUAACGUUGACCCCCAAAAUCUGUUACGCAUCUACAACCGCCAAAAAACAUCAGUGCUAAAUAGUUUCUAAAUUUUGUCCUGAGUUUAGAAAUACCCAAUGUUAACAUGUUCUUAGCUUUUUUUUGUGUGUGCAAGUUUUAGGGCUAUAAGUACAAGUAGUUAAAAAAUGUAAAUCUCUUUAGUUUGGAAAAACGGCGCCUGAGAGGGGAUAUGAUAACAUUAUACAAAUAUAUUCGGGGCCAGUACACCCCGAUUAUAUGGAAAUCUAUUAAUAAACAGGGCUAUAAAUAGGACACAAGGUCACACAUUUAGACUGGAAGAAAGGAGAUUUCAUCUAAGGCAAAGAAAAGUUUUUUUUAGAGUAAGAGUAAUAAGGAUAUGGAAUUCUCUGCCUGAAGAGGUGGUUUUAUCAGAGUCCAUACAGAUGUUUAAACUGCAAUUGGAUAAAUACUUGCAAAAACAUAACAUACAGGGAUAUCAUUUCUAAUUAGUGGGGUAAUAGCUGCUUGAUCCAAGGAGAUAUCUGACUGCUAUUUUGGGGUCAAGAAGGAAUUUUUUCCAUUUGUUGCAAAAUUGGAAGUGCUACAGACUAGGUUUUUUGCCUUCUUUUGGAUCAACAGCAAAAACAUAUGUGAGGAAGGCUGAACUUGAUGGACCAAGUCUAUUUUCAACUAUGUAACUAUGUAGGACAAAAAUAUAUAUUUUUUAAAUUUAUCAGUAGUGACAUUUUAACACUGUUAUCUGUCAUAAAUCUCUGAAUCACACCUCACAUGUACAUAUUUUUUUAAAGUAGACAACCCAGGAUAUUCAAUACAGGGUAUGUCCAGUCUUUUUUAGUAGCCACUUAGUCACAAACACUUCCCAAAGUUAGCAUUUAUAUUUGUUUGUGUGUUAAAAAUGCAAAAAACAAUUAUGAACGCUAACUUUGACCAGUAUUUUUUGACUAAGUGGCUACUAAAAAAGACUGAACAUACCCCAUUUGUAAUACCUAGGGUUGUCUUCUUUUGUAAAUGGUAUGCCACCAUGGGAGUAAUUCUCAUUCCUGGGCUACCAUACGCCUUCAAAGGCAACAUAACCAAUCUGGUAAAUUUCAAUGUGAAAACCUGGAAAAUCAAGCCUUAUAUUUGACCCUGUAACUUUCCAAAACACCAUAAAACCUGUGCAUGAGGGGUACUGUUAUACUCGGGAGACUUCACUGAACACAAAUAUUAGUGUUUCAAAACAGUAAAACAUAUCACAACAAUGAUAUCAUCAGUGAAAUGCAAAAAACUUCACUUUCACUGACAAUAUCAUCGCUGUGCUUUCAUGUGCUGCCCAUUAAUAUGUAUGCGUAAUAUGUGUCCCAGAAAACAUGAUGGAUAUGGUCACCAUGUAUAUUAUAUUACACAAUCUAGGGGGUCUUUUUUUUUGUGGUUCUGCCAAUGGGACCAGAUUACCGACUCAGUAUAAUUUUAAUAAAGACUAAUUUCACAGACACAUUGUUUUUUAAAUUUUCCUUUUUAUUUUUAUUAUAAAUAUUAAUAAAUGUUAUUUCAUUAGAAGAACAUUAUUAUCAGGCUCCAUCACUCCUCCACGUUGUAAAUGUAAUCAUAGGUUAUUCCCCUUUUAAUUUUGAAGUCUUCUUUGUAGAAGUAGCUUUGCUACAAGUUAUCGUGGCUUAUAUUUGAGGAAAUGUAAAUUCUCGGACUUCAGAGGUCUUGUUUCCCAUGGGCUGCAUUAGGAACCUGUGCCCUAGUGUCCCACUUAUUCGUUUAUAUUUUCUGAUUCAGACUGGAAAGGCCAUACUCCGUCUGGUAGCUCAAUUUACUAAACUGCUGCUCAAAUGUAUAAAACACAACACACACAACUUCAAAUUCAACUUAAAUAUAAUUUUUUAGAAACACCUGAUUAAAGUAAUCAGAAUUCCCAGAUUUUACUAUUAACAUGACGUAAAGUCAUGAUUUUAUUAAUGACACGGAGGCGAGUAUUAUGCUAUCUCUUUCUUACUUUAUUCCUCAGCAGCAAAGAGAAAUAUAAAACUGAAAGAGAAAAAAUGUAGAUAUGCAAUAAUAAUAAUAACAGGUACAACCAGAUCUGCCUAGUAACAGGGCAGCCAAUCAGUCUCUAGGAACAGUCCAUAAAUCUCUAUCCUUGUACUUCCACUUCCUCUUCUUUGCCUUCCGAACCGAAGACCCAAAGCAAAAUAUCCAAGCAGUAACUAAGAAACGUCAAACCGGUAGACAUCAACAGACCGGAAUCAAGCUGUAAAACAAAGAAAUAUGUGGUAAACUCCAAACUUAGGAACUGAGUGUAACAUAUCGAAUAUACGUGACCUGCAGAUAAAGAGCAUCAUAAUCAAAAUCCAUGUACAUUUGUCACACUCUAGAACACCAUAUACUCAAUACAAGUACCUCAUGUGUACUUACCGUGAGAUAAGACGAACCCCCCGAUUGAACCCUAAGCGAAAACCAGACCCAGACCCACGGGAGGGUGGGUGGGAAUAAUACUCGCCUCCGUGUCAUUAAUAAAAUCAUGACUUUACGUCAUGUUAAUAGUAAAAUCUGGGAAUUUUAUUAAUGACACGGAGGCUCCUAUUAUGCUAGUUUAAAGCUGAGCCACAACCAAUGAAGAAACAUGUUCAAUCGGGCGGAAGUAAAAAUCACGGAACGUAGAUUCCUUAGACCAAUCUGCCGCUUUCAAGAUAUCGUCUAGGCGACAUCCUAUCGUAGAAGCCUUUGAUGCCAUGGCACCCCUAACUGAAUGAGCCGAAAAAACCGAAGUGUCGAUACCCGCAGCAGAAAGGAGAUCUUUAACCCAGCGGGCGAGCGUCGGCGACGAGACCGGUAGAAACGGUGCUUUCAAGGAAAUAAAGAGUGGAGGCAAGUUAGUUGACCUCAGCAGCCGGGUACGAUCCAAAUAAACCUGGAGACAAGCCACAGGACACAAAGCAGGUCUGAUGGAGCAUCUAGGGUAGUCCACCGACUUGGAAGCCGACUUAGUCCUCCUCGAGAUAUUAAACGACACACCUCCGGGGGUGAACGAGACGUUCCAGUCCAGAGCCCUGACGUCCGACACCCUCUUACACGAAAGUAGACACAGGAGCAUGACCAGUUUCCAUGAUAACUGCUUGAGUGUCAAGUCCUCAUUACAGGGCCAGGAGUCCAAGAAUCCAAGGACGACGUUAACGUCCCAAAACGAUGAGUAUCUAGAUCUUGGCGGUCUAGCAAAACGGAUACCUUUCAACAAGCGGCACACAAUAGGAUGUUGUCCGAUCGGAGAUCCGUCGAUCCCUUGAUGUCCGGCCGAAAUGGCUGAUCUAUAAACAUUAAGGGUACGAUAAGCCAAACCAGAAUCGAAACGUUCCGUCAGGAAACCAAGCAGCGCAUUUAGAGGGGCAGAAAGUGGAUCCAGCAAUCUUCCCAAGCACCAGCCAGACCACACGCGCCAUGCGGCCUUGUAAGCCGCUCUGGUACCUGGUGCCCAGGCAUUCUCCAAUAGUCGAGCAGUUGUCUGCGAAACAUCCGUGACACCCCAGGGUCUCCCGAGAUUAACCAAGCCGUGAGUUGGAGUAAGUUCUGAUCCACCAAUUCGUGCAAUUUGCCAUCCGGAUCCAGAAGCACAUCCGGCCUCAUUUCGAUUAUCCGUGGGAAAUCUAUGGCCAUCUCCAGAAGGCGGGGAAACCACGGUUGAGAGUGCCAGAGCGGAGCUACCAUUACUAUCGUGCAAUUCUGCCUGGCUGAGUACGCCAGUGUCCGGGAUAUCAGGUUGAACGGUGGGAACGCAUAAUGGCGUCCCAGCGGCCACGUCUGCAAGAACGCGUCCACCGCCGUGGCCGCUGGGUCCGGUCUCCAACUGAAGUACUGGGGUAGUUGGGUGUUCAAUCUGGACGCGAACAAAUGCAGGUGAAGUGGACCCCACAACCGUUCUAUCCUUUGAAAUGUCGAGGACAGCAAGUGCCAGUCUCCUGAAUCCUUCAGGUAGCGCGAGUUCCAAUCCGCCCACUCGUUGUCGAGACCCGGAAUGUGCUCGGCCGUAACCGAUACGGCAUUGUGUAGGCAAUACUGCCAGAAAUCCUUUGCCAAGUUCGCCAACUGCUUCGAUUUUGUCCCCCCGAGGUGGUUUAUGUACCUGACUGCGGACACAUUGUCCAUACGUAGGAGGACGCAGCAAUUUCCCUGCGUCGGAGAUAGACUCCGAAUGGCAAACGAACCCGCCAGAAGUUCCAGGCAGUUUAUGUGCAGAGCCGAUUCGAUCUCUGACCAUCUUCCACCGGUGGAGACACCGCCACAGCGAGCGCCCCAGCCAUGCAGGCUUGCAUCCGACUCUAUGAUCACCUCCGGCGCGGAGCCAAAGAUCGCCCGGCCGUUCCAGGCCUCCAUGUGGUCCAACCACCACCUUAGUUUGUCUCUGGAGUCCCUGUCCAGGGUCAACACGCUCUCGUACGAGCCCCCUGAUCGAAGAUGGGACCCUUUUAAACGUUGGAGUGCUCGAUAAUGUAGUGGGCCUGGAAAUAUUGCCUGAAUCGAUGAGGCCAACAGGCCGAUCACCCUUGCCAAUUGCCGGACGGAGAGAGAGGUGGCUCGCAGCGCCCGUCGUAUCUCCUUUUUCAUCGAUCGGAGUUUUGCCUCCGGGAGGAACAGAAACUGGGUGACUGAAUCGACCUCGAAGCCCAGGAACUCUAUCCUUUGUACCGGGGUCACAAUGGAUUUUUCCCAGUUUACGAGGAAACCUAGUCCCUCCAGGAGACUCACCGUCCAUCUUAGGUGCCUGAGAAGUUGCUUGGGGGAUGAAGACAUAAUCAGUAUGUCGUCCAGGUAGAUAAUCAUGCGGACCCCUCGCGCCCUGAGGAAGGCCACCACGGGCUUCAUCACUUUUGUGAAGCACCACGGAGCUGAAGAUAGACCGAACGGCAGACAUGUAAAACGCCAUCGACGACCUUGCCACGUAAAGUGCAAUAAGUCCCAAUGCUCUUCUGCCAUGGGUAUAGUCAAGUAGGCAUCUUUGAGGUCUAAUUUGACCAUCCAGUCUCCCUGACGGAGCAGGUCCCUGAGACAAUGAGCGCCCUCCAUCUUGAAGUGAUGGUAACGUAGGAAAGAAUUGAGGUGUUUGAGGUUUAUCACCGGACGUACGCCUCCGCCCUUCUUGGCGACAAGAAACAGGUUGCUUAGAAAUCCCGGGUGUCCGUAGGGGAUUUCUUGAAUAGCCCGUUUGGCAGACAGUUCCGCGAUCUCUGCGGUAAUUAAUGCGGACUGCUCUGCUGGUAGUUUCAGUUCCUGUGGGAGAAACGUCUGGACAGGGGGAGACAAUAAAUCCAGGCGGAAACCCCUGACCGCACUGAGGACCCAAACAUCUGUGGUGAUCAUACCUCACACAUCGAGAAACAGUGCCAAUCUGCCCCCCACACUCGUUCUGCAAGAUACACGUAUUGGUGUACUCACCGUAAGGGCGUCUGUAUGAGGGUUGUCCACGACCUCCCCGACUCUGCCAUGGUCUCCCCCGUGAGGGAAAAAAGGGCGUUGGCUUAUAGUCUUGGUAGGUCCGGGGGGCGGAAAAGGAACCUCUGUGAGUCCUCGGGGGACCUCGAGCUCCACGGCCGGGCGGACGGCUCCUAUACCUCCCGGCCCCAUGGGAAACCUUAGGGCCGAACACCCUCUUCAGGUUAGACUGCGCCUUAUCUAGCGCGGUAAAGGUGCGUACAAAGGAGCCUAAGUCCUUCACAAAACAUUCUCCGAAGAGCAAACCUUUGGCCGAAGCACCAGGCUCCUUCACUGCCAGGUUAACUAACUUGGGCUCAAUUUUGAGCAGAAUCGCCUUGCGGAGUUCAGCCGACAUGGCUGUGUUCGCGUUGCCGAGAAGGCAAAUCAACCUCUGGACCCACCCAAUCGCUUCAUCAAAAUCAAUAGGCUUCGUUCCAGCCUUAGCCGCUUCUAGAAGCUCGUAAAGCUUGGCGGCGGGGCCCAGGGUAUCCAAGAUCUUGUCUUGGCAAUUAUGCAGCGAAAAUUCCAGUCUUUUGCGGGGCUUCCAACCCGUCUUAGUUAAGAACUGAGAAAUCUGGGGGUCAACCUCUGGCGUCUUGCACGCCGAAUCAGGCACCGAAGGCCUUGGGCACUCGGCCCUCAGUUUACUGCGCCCCUCCUUGGAAAGGGGGGUACGCAUACGAAGCGCCAGGUAAUUGGCAAUAUGCGCGGGCGGGUCCCAUUCCGCCGAGCGGGGAUGGCGAAGGUCAUCGGGAUCGAACAGGGGGUAACCCUGAGGAUCACAGAUGUCCUGCCCCUCACCCGGAGGAAGCGCCGAAGCGUCGAACUCCGCCUCAUCGCCGGAAACCCCUUCCUCAUAGGAGGCGUAAUCAGGGGGAUCCGAGUCUGACUCUCCAGUUUGAUCGGUAUCCGAUCCAUCAUCAUCUCGGGCACGUGCCCGUUUCCAUUUUCUGGCCGAUUUUGCCCGGCCAGCGGCUCUCUUGCGCGGAAACGCGCCAUCUGGGACGGCCAUAGGCACGUCAGUCAAGGCAGGUAUCACCUGCGUCACCUCUGGAGAGACAUGUUUAAAUUUCGUUUGUGCCUUGCGACCCGUAUGAGGCUGCAGCGCAGGCAGGGGAGCAGGCAACGCGGCAUGGCCCAAAGGCUGCGACAGCGCCUGCUGAAUAGUGUGAGAGAGGGACGAGGACACGGUCCCCAUGGCCGAAGCCAGGGCCUUCUGCAUAGUGGAAUCAAAAAGGGCCUGGAACUCCUGUGAGGGAGUAAGGCCCAUAUCCCCUGUAAUGGGGGUCUGAGAGGGGUCCAUAAUGGGGUAACUGGGACUACCCGAAUCCUCACCCCUAGCCUGCAUAAUUAACAAAAACCAAAUAAAGGCAACAAGUACUGUCUCUUUAAAUUUGAUAUAGGAGUAGAGCAAAAUCUGUAAAGGCUUAAAUAAAACUAACAGAUGACAGAAAACAAACCUAUACAGGAGAAAAAAGGGGGUUGAGUAACCCACCAGAACAAAUUACAUCUACAAUACUUGCAACAGUAAGGGAGGGAGAAGGGAGCCGACCCAGCCGCAUGGAGAAAUGAGGGGAAGAUGGCCGCCGCGUGCAGAGCGCGCCGCGGCCGUUUCCAGGCUCCUCCCCCGCUAGUGAACGGGGAGCGCGACCACACACGCGGCCGGCACUCCCUCGCACCAGCGGCAGAUCGGGUCAGCCGAUAAGUGCGGCCGCACACGCGGCCGCGAGGGAAAGGGAGCCGGGGAGCACAGGGCUCCAGAGAGAAACCUCCCCUGCUAGCCGCGAACCCUGUCUGAAAGGGGAACGGUCAGACAGACAGGGGGAGCGGCGGCAAACGCAGGGGAGGUAAAUAGGGAACCAAAGGAGGCACCCAAAUAUAAAAGCACAAAAGGCUUGCCAAAAAGGCACAUAAAAGCCAGCAAACAAACAGACAAUUGAUAAUAUAAGACAACACAGUUAAUAAAAACCUUAGCAAAAGCCAUCAAUCAAAACAAUGUAGGAGAGAAAGUUAUACUUAGCUGGUCUGAGGACAGCAGCAAAGAAAGAGGAAGUGGAAGUACAAGGAUAGAGAUUUAUGGACUGUUCCUAGAGACUGAUUGGCUGCCCUGUUACUAGGCAGAUCUGGUUGUACCUGUUAUUAUUAUUAUUGCAUAUCUACAUUUUUUCUCUUUCAGUUUUAUAUUUCUCUUUGCUGCUGAGGAAUAAAGUAAGAAAGAGAUAGCAUAAUAGGAGCCUCCGUGUCAUUAAUAAAAUUCUGUUGCAAUAUACGUUAAUAUGUUGCAUAAACCUUCUCUAACUGUCAAAGACCAGUCCAAUGCUAUGCCAACCUAACAACUGCUCUUGUGAGAUCAACCCUCUUGCCUAGGACAUCCAUUUUUCUUGGUUUCUCUGCAGUUCAAGGUUUUAGAAGGGCUUGUAAUGUUGUCAAUCCUCUGAUAUAAUUAAUAUCAGAAAACCUGCCUUCAUGUCAACAUUAUCAGAGUAUUGCUGUAACCACAAGAUCUUUAAAGCCCAUAAUUUAAAAUAAAAUAAAAAUAAUCUGACUAAAUCAAGUGGGUUUAGUUACACAUUAUGAAGAUAUAUAAUAUAUUCUCUAAGCCUGCCGCAACCAUCAAUGUGCCCAUUUUUGGCAGGUCCUGCUCUCUUAUUCUAUGAGAUUAACUCACUUACCAGGGGACAUUCCGUUACUAAAUAAGCCUAGCAGACAGCAGUGGGCCAUGCCUCCUAGCACGGGGACAGCCAUCAUAAUUGUUGGUUGAGGUGUGCAAGAAGAUCCCUCUACUCCAGAGUUGUUUGUCUUUGUCAUUCAGUGGUUAUAUCUGUCUCGGCAAUGACACAUACAGCAUCGAGGCCACCGGCCAAUCUGAAUCUGUGAUCACCAAACACAAUACCUACAAACAGGACCCCAAGUUGGUGCAGAAUCGUCAAACCCGCUCCCUGCAGACUCCUUCCAGAAAGGUAGGCAUGUCCCUUGCAUGAAAUCAUAAUAACCAUAAAUAUAUCUGUAAUCCUAAAUUGUCAGUGAGUAGGAAAGGGGAAAUACCAAUUUUGUUCUUGUGUUCCAUUCCUCACGACGACCAGUUCACAGCAAGUUUUAGUCCUUUCGGAUUAAUGCAGAACCAAUGCUCUUUAGCCUAUUAAUUCAACUCUAGAAUGUAAGUGCCACUAAUCUCAGGCUGACCGGGGCGUAUAUCAGGGUCCUUAUAGUGAACGUUUUUAUAUUUUAUUUUAGUAUACAAGGUGACAUUAUUCACAUUUAUGGAUUUUUUGAUUCUAGAAGGAUGUGCCGGACAAUUACAACAUUGAGCUGUUCUUGGUAGCUGAUAAAGCAGAGGUAAGUGCACGGUAGCAUGUUUCAUGCAAUCAGAACCCGAGUUCAAUACAGUUUUCAAUCUUUAUUCACCAAAAUCUAACAGUUAGUGAAGGAAACCAGAAAAGGUCAGAACCAUAAUUGUGAUUUUUCUGUUUUUAUUAAGAAAUUAAGAAAGCAUAUGACUUGCCUUCAUAACCCCAAUAUACUUAAAACAAGAUCUAAUUGUUAGACUUUAUCUUAGUGGAAUCACAGAACUAUUUCAGAAUCUUUCAUAUAAUUAAUAAGUAGAAAAAUAUGGACAGCCAAGGAAACUUUUAUAAAAGUUUGUUGAAUAUUUUUAGAGACCACACAUGAGACUGCUACAAUAAAAAUACAAUAAAUAAUUGGAAUAAUUCUUGACAUGUGUGACCUUGUCACAACCACUAUAUUACAGCCGCGCAUGGGUGAAGAUCCACAAUAAAUUUACACAACUGUUGUCUCAGAAUUCUGGUAGGAUACGAGUUAAAUAAAGAGAUUUCAAGUCAUUUAGUCAUUUAAAUGGGAAUGAUUUAUAAGGGUCUUUGCCAUGAGAGUGAAAAAGUUAGUUGUUUUUUUUAUAUAUAUAUAUACCGGUAUAUAUAUAUAUAUACAUCCAAGACAGGUAAGUCCAGCAAAGGUGGAACAAUUGUGUCCAGAAAUCUGGGUUGAAAUUGUAUAGAAUGUGUCUGUCAGGACUGGUUAACUUCAUUGAGCUUGUUGGGAUAUUCUGUAAUCCAUAAUGCAUGUUGUCUGCCACCUUACUGACCAAUGUGCUAGGCUUCAUCAGUGAUGUUGAAAUAUACUGGGUGAUUUCUGUGUGAAUAUGUUAUAAUAGCUCAGAGAUUUUGAAUCUGAAGGUAUUAAUGUAUCAUCUAGUUUCAGCGUCAUGGGGAGAACUUGGAUAAAACCAGACAACAUCUGAUGACCAUUGCUCACCACCUUAACCAGGUACUGCUCGACCAACAGAAAGACUCACUAGUAUUUAUUUUAGUCAUGCAGUGGUUUAAGGACAUGUUGGACUACUGCGUUAUAUACUCAGAAGGUUUCAAAAUUUAUGUGUUAGACCCAUAAGAUAACAAUUGUGACUUCUUGAACAAAUUCAGUGAGUGAAUGUCUGUCUGUGGUGAGAUAAAUUGUUAAAUGGGGUUCCUGAAAAACGUCAUCAAGUAAUUCCUUGGUUUUGUUGUGUAAAGAAAUAUGAUUCAACACCAGAUGAUAUAUUUUAUUUAAAUUGUUAUAGAUAUUUUUGAAGAUCAGCUUUCAAAUCUUUUUGGUGGGGAUUGAAAUUUGGACAGAGGAAAAUAAGGCCAAUGUUUCAGAGACUGCAUCUUCCACCCUACUAGAGGUCCUAGAGUGGAGAAGACAGCAUCUGCUGCCCCGGAAACAUCAUGAUAACAUGCAACUCAUAAGGUUUGUCCUCUGUCCAUCAGGAAAAGAAAAACUGCUAACUAUUAACUCAGUGGUAAUAAAAAGAAAAGCCCAUGGUUUUAGAGAGUCCUAAUCCGUACAACAAAUUUCAAGGAGACACUUUUCAGCAAACCUACAAGUUAGAUUUUUUAUGAAAACACUGUAAACGAAUAUAAACUGUGAGAAAAUCAAUACCACUCAGCCAACUGCUUGCUAUUAUAGUUAUUUAAAAAGGAAUUGCUUUUGUGUCAUAAAACUGUAUUCUCACAGUUUUCUUAUUUUUCUGUUACUAGAAGAGUGAGACCACAUUUAGGGGACAAUAUUUGGCAGCACCUUGAACUCUUUGACAUAUUCCUCAAAUUCUUAAACUAUUUUAGGGAACACCAUUGCCAUGAAGGGGUGUAUGUGGUUUACAACAAUCUCUAGGUAGGUGGCAUGUGUCAAGGUUUAGUUCGCCCGCGGACUCCAGUCAGCAGACACAUUCCAGCCAAUCAGCAGCAGACCCUCCCUUCCAGACCCUCCCACCUCCUGGACAGCUCACUAAGAAUGCAGCUUCAAAAUGGAUGCUGUCCAGGAGGUGGAAGAGUCUGGGAGGGAGGGUCUGCUGCUGAUUGGCUAGAAUGUGUCUGCUGACUGGAGUCCGCGGCGAACCGUUCGUGGCGAACCGUUCGCGAACAGUUCGGGACAUCACUACCAAGGAUCCAAGAUUUCCCAGAAGAACAUCCAGGAUCCAAGGUUUCCCAGAAGAACAUUGCCCAGACGUAACACUUCCUCCACCGGCCUACCUUCUUCCCAUAGUGCAUUCUGCUGCAAUCUCUUCCCCAGGUAAACGAUGCACACGCACCCAGCUAUCCACCUGAUCUAAACAAAACGGGAUUCAUCAGAACAGGCAUCCUUCUUCCACUGCUCCAUUGUCCACUUCUGACGUUCAUGUCCCAAUUGAAGGUGCUUUUGGCAGUGGGCAAGGAUCAUCAUCGGCUCUCUGACUAGUCUGCAGCUACGCAGUCCCAUACGCAGCAAACUGUGAUGCUCUGUGUGUUCUGACACCUUUCUAUCAUGGCCAGCAUUAAGUUUUUCAGCUAUUUUAGUAACUGGUCUGUGUGAUCAGUACAGCCAGACUAACCUUCCCUCUCCACAUACCUUAGUGUGCCUUGAGCUCCCAUGACCCUGAUGCUGGUUCAAUGGUUGUCCUUCCGUACACCAUUUCUAGUAGGUACUAACCAUUUUAUACCAGGAACAUCCCACAAGACUUGCUGUUUGCCGAUAAUCUGGCCCAAGUAUCUAGCCAUCACUAUUUGGCCAUUGUCAAAAUCACUCAGUUCUUUCCGCUGGCCCAUUUUCCCUGCUUCCAUCACAUGAAAUGCCUGUUCACAUGUUGCCUAAUAUAUCCCACCCCUUGACAGGCGCCAUUGUAAGGAUAUAAUCAAUGUUAUUCACUUCACUUGUCAGUGGUUUUAGUGUUGUGGCUGCUCAGUGUAGAUAUCAUUAUGUGAUUCCCAGUAAUAAAUAAACUGAAUACCAGUUAUAGUUAAAGAUAUAAUAAAGAGAAUGAUAUCGCUCUGGCCGCCAGUCUGAGACCCUGCUUUAAUGAAUGAUGUGUAAAGAUAGUUGACACAGUGUCUCCAGCACUAACCUGUGUUUUCCUUCUUCAUCACCUGCAGUGGGAAACAGUUUAAGAACCACGCUCUUGGAGAGGCGUUUGUUGCAAAAAUGUGCACCCCGGAUCAUAGUGGUGGAGUUAUAAAGGUGAAUAAAAUGAGUGUACCGUAGUGUUAUAUUACUAUAUAUAUAUUUAUAUAUAUCUCACUCUCCUUGGUAAACAGCAGAACUCAUGCCAUGUGAAUAUUUAUAUAUUUCAAGACAUGUGUACAUUUAAACUUCCUUCAUCCCUCCCAGCAUGCACCAGGUCACAGUUCUCCCGAUUGGCUGCUGACUGACAGACAUACAGGUGCAGUAGGUAGUUAGAGGUCGGUACCUGCUAUCUAGGUUACAUAGUACAGAUAUCCAGUCCCAGAGUGUAUGUACGGCAGAGUCAGGAUACAGACCAUGUCACCAUGUAAUAAUAAUAUUAUAAAUGGAAAAGUGGCAGCAAAAUGUUUUUAUUCCAAAUUUUAAUCAUGCAAACCAUUAUCUGUUUAUCUACACUAGGAAUAAAUGUGUCUAUGGUUAUUGUGAAAUAACUAUGAGCCACACAGAGUGUCCACACCUGCACGUUAGUAGGUAGUCAGUCAGUUACCCAUUAGGCUGCAUUAGAAACCCAUUGGACAGGCUGCUAUGAUGCACCAUAUAUGAAUGAGCAGAGCUGGUGACUAUUCAGCAGAAAUGCCAUACACAACUCUAAAAUCCACGGGCAGGAAUCAAACUAGGCGGAAUAUUAUAAAAUAAAUAAAUUAAAAAACUGAGGAGGCUUUUUGGGAUUUUUUUAUGAAAGAUGUAAAUGGAGUAAGUGGGAAAGCCUGUCAAUGGCUAUGUUGGAAUACCGUGUCUUCCAGUCAAUGCGUUUUUCUUUUUAACCCUUUAGGAUACGGGUGUAAGCCCUAAGGAGCUGGCAAAGUAUGUGGCACACGAGAUGGGGCACAAUCUGGGCAUGGAUCAUGACACAGACUCCUGUUACUGUCCAGCUGGGUCUGGAAAAUGCUUGCUAUCCAGACGGACCGGGUGAGGAUCCAUUAACCCACAGCAGAUGCUGGUUAGGAAUUUCAGAGUUGUUCAAGAUUUACUGAGGUCUUAUGUUUGGGGUCAAUGUUUGCUUCUUUUGUAAUAAAUACAGUGAUGUCCCAUUUUAAACUUUGAGGCAGUUUUAAUAUUUAUGAAAAUAAAACUUUUAAACUCAUUUGCCAUAAACAUGUAUCCUUCUGGCCACUAUCACCCGUGUCUAUGGUUUCCUACAGUGAGUCCUGCACCAGUUUUCAUAACACACUGAAAAUAAUAUAAAAACCGGGCAAUAUUCUGGGAGGCAGGGUGGGUUAAAUCAUUAGAAACAUCACUGACCAGAUAUUAAAACAGCUGAGUGAUUAUAAAACUGUGUAUCACCACAUUAAGACAAGAUGUAGUGUUCUGUUAUAACCCAUUCACUACCAAGGAGCCAUUCAUGAUCUGUCAACUCUAACUGUGCUAAGGCAGUGAGAGCAGCAAAUUUAAACUAAGGAGCAGGACAGGAUCCAUUCAACGGUAAACCAAUAGAAAAUAAAAUUCAAGUAUCGGUACACAGUUGGUUACUUUGCUCUGUGUUCCUGGAUAAGUUAUUACAGAUGUAACUUCUGUCUAAGGCCCUGAUGGUGACAGUCCUAACAGGACAUUUCAAGUUUAUUAUUUUGUCGUCAUAUAAGAUCACAGCGAAGAGUCUGGAGCAAUGCUCUCAGAUACAACGUGGAUUUGUAUAUUUAACAGACACGUUAUAUGAUCAGUUAUUAAACAAUGUUAUUGUAUUUAAAAAAAACUGUUUUUUUAAAAAUAUAGAAAAAUUAGAUUAAAAAGAUUAACUAGGCCAAAAUGGUUAAAUUACACUUUAUUUUCUUAAAGUGACACUCCAAAUUUAAACAGUUUUUGUAGUGGUUAUGGUGCAAGGACUCUGUGGACACAUUUAUUUUCAGGUAAUGUCAAACCAUUUUCAUGGCAGGAUUUAAUGGCCAUUAAGCACUUGGAAUGUCUGUUUUCAGUUUCUAAUACUUGAAAAAAGUGACUUUAUUCAAUAAAAUGGGAAGGAAGUCUCUCUAGCAGUAGAAUGGAGAAUGCAGUUCCAUGGAUACAGUGCCACCUUGUGGAUGGUUUAUGUAUGGCAGGAAGGGGCUUUAUAGUGGUUAUAUUGCAUUUUAUAACAUUGUGAUUUUAUAUAUUCCCUUCUAUCAGGUAUAACAUGAAUGAGGAUUUUAGUGACUGCAGCUUUCGCUUCCUAUGUCGGUUCCUGGAAGAAAAGGAUGUGACCUGUUUAAUGGACAGACCGGAGACAUAUAUUGUAAGUGGCCUCAUAAUUCAAAGGCUUAAAACACCGGCUCUUAUCCAGUAUAAUUACAAUUAUAUUUAAUAGGAAAAGACAUAAAUAGCCUAUCUGUGACUAUAGUGAGUUAGAGAAUUUAUCUCCAUCGGCUAUUGAUGUCUCAGUUUUGCGAUUAGAUUUAAAUUCAGUGCAAUAAUGUGUUUAGUGGCUAAACCUGGGACUAGGCAGGCUUAGCUUAAUUAAAAAAUAAUGUCUCGAAAAUCUUACAUUACAAUAUUCAGUGAAUGUGCAAAUAGUAUAAACAUGCCAAAUAAAGCCCAUAACAUUUUGGGAGAGCACAACAAUUCCAGAAAGAAAGUUCAGGUUAGGUGAGAGCCAAGUCCCAGAAUGGGGCAAUGGGUUUGUGAGUGAAAGUAGAAUCCCAGUCGGUUAACGUGUUUUGACCACGUGAGUUCCCCAGGAUUCCACAUUUGGAAUGUUAGUUAGAAUGUUCUCCAUAAAGUGACUCCAAAGAACCUGGUAAACGAUUGUGGGCAUGUUGACACUGCUGCACUCGGAGACAAGCUGCUUGCUAUUCUUUUGCCAAUACGCACAUUCCUAUUUCUUCAGAAUGUUUCUGACUGUCAUUAAACUUUAUUUAAAAGCUGACACUAGUGAGAGAAAAAGACAGUUUCUAACAUGUUAAUAUUGGAGACUAAAUGUGCUAUACUAUAAAUAUCACAUUUAUUACACUACUAAUGCUCUCAUUUAUCCUUUAUACACAAAUGAAUAUUUACUUCUGAUUGGAAGCUGUAAGAUAAUAUUAUGGACUGUAUUUGGCCCAUUCGUAGUAUUUGCACGGUUCUAGCAAUCUGCACAGUCGCUAUUUAUUGUACUUUGUUGGGUUGUUCUUGGAGCCAAUGCAGACUCAUUAUCAGCACUUUAAAGAUACAUAUAUACACUACAGUAAGUGGGUCACUGUAUUUCUAAAAGCUGAGUUUAAUACCCAUACAUUUAUCCAUGAUCACUGUAUUUAAGGGUUAUGGAACAUGCAAUUAGUUCCGGAAAUAUCUGGACACUGACACAAGUUUGGUUAUUUUAGCUGUUUACCAAAAUAAAUUCAAGUUACAGUUAAAUAUGAAGUGCAGUGUCUCAGCUUUAAUUUGAGGGUAUUCACAUCCAAAUUGGAGGACGGGUUUAGCUCUUUAAUAUGUAGCCACCUCUUUUUCAUGGACAGUAGUGAGCUAUUCCUUCGUUAUUUCUUAAUCAGUUAAGCAUUCAAACGGUCUUGAGUUGAUUCCAACCCCUUAAAUUAAAGCUGAAAGUCUACACUUCAAUUGCAUCUCUGUUCUUUUAUUUCAAAUCCACUGUGGUGGCGUACAGAGCCAAAAAGAUGAGCAUUGUGUCAGUGUCCAAUUAUUUCGGACCUGUAUGUAGAAAAAGAUCCAAAGCAACGGUCAAUAAUGUUAUGUUGGGUAAUCAACGUAUGUUUACUUCCAUUAGGACCACAAGUAAGUGGCAUGUUGGUAUUUAUUUAUUUCCCUUUGAUAGUGUUUAAUUGGGCUCAAUAAAUGGCUUUAAUAGAUAAUAGAAGACUUUACCUAAACAUCCUAUGAAAUCUGAUUAAAUUUUUUUUUUUUUUACUAGGAUGAACCAAUCAAGCGUAGCCACCCAUACCAAAUUCUAGAAACCGGUAAGUAUUUUUAAAAUUUUAUUAUUAUUUUUCAUUUUGCUCCUAUGUCUGAUUUGUAUCACACUCACGGAUGGAACGUGCUUUGUGCCUUCUCCAGUAGGGAUGGUUUCUCUGGGCCUCUGCUGCCUCAUCUUUCUUCUCUUGUUCGCCAUCAUCUGGAAAAAGAGGUUUUGUCGAAGGACAGAAACGAAGAGGAACUUUACCCCAGUACACCCAUGGAAUGAAAAUCAAAUUCUGAGCAUUUAAAAGGGUGUUGAUGGUGACCAUCACCGUAGAGAGCACUUUCUCGUUCACAUGGAACGAGCAUAGUGGAGC